GCCAGGGGCGGACUGACCAUUUGGAAACUCGGGCACUGCCCGAGGGCCCGGGGUCAGUAGGGGGCCCCAUGAGAUGCCCCUGGUACCUUUUUCAUAGGCUUUUUUGAUGUGGGCAAGGACACAGGGGCCCCAUGAUCCCCUAUUGCCCGGGGGCCCCAUGAGUUGUCAGUCUGCCCCUGAAGCGCAACUUGAUCAUUCAUCCAGGGGCGGCCUGACCAUUUGGAAACUUGGGUACUGCCCGAGGGCCCGGGGUCAGUAGGGGGCCCCAUGAAAUGCCCCUGGUACCUUUUUCAUAGGCUUUUUUGAGUUUGGGCAAGGACACAGGAACCCCAUGAUCCCCUAUUGCCCGGGGGCCCCAU